UCUAUCUCACCUGCCUUCCACUCCCUUCCAACUAAGCAAAUCUUCUUCGUCUUCCUCUCUCUCUCUGCAAAGAUGUUAUUUCUAUUUCACUAGUCAACAUCAUAUCAUACAGAACUCUCUCUCUCUCUCUCUCUCUCUCUCUACAAUAAGGAAAGCCAAAGACAACAGAAGAGAGAGAAACAAGGGACCAAACCUCCGCCAUGUCUCCCAGCAAGCUCAAUUCCAAUGAUGAUGAGAGUGUUUCUACGUCACAACCUGAGAAUGGUUUUCUCAGUUCAAUUUCGCUUCUGAAUUCAGAAAAGGCCGUUCAGGAACUUCUUCAACAAGCUCCUGUUCAGCAAAAUGAUGACCAUCUUAUAGAGUUCUCCGAGGCUUUGAGAACGGUUGCAAAGGCUUUGAGACGAGCUGCUGAAGGAAAGGCUGCUGCCCAAGCUGAGGCAGCCGAAUGGAAGCGUAAAUUUGAACUGGAAAGGGUGCGGAAUUUGCAUUUGGAAUGUAAAGAUAUGUCUCUUGAGGAGAAUCAUAGGGAUGAUGACAAGAGAGAGCACUUGGCCAGGCAAUCUAAUAAGCAUCUUGAACAGUGUUGUGGGAGUAACGGAUUAUGCUCGCAUGAGGUUCUUCAGGAUAAGGAAGCCAAUUCUGAUUCAAAGGUGAUUCCAGAUAAAUAUACAAGAAAGGCAUCAUUUAAACUUUCAUGGUGCUGCAAGGGUGAAUACAGUGACCAACACAAGCAUGACAUUGUCUCUUUUGAAAGAGGAAAUAUUACAACUGCAGAGCGCAGCAGUAAACAGAUUUCUUUGAAGUGGGAAUCUGACCCACAGACUGUACUUAUAUUGACAAAACCAAAUUCAACUUCUGUGCAAAUUCUUUGUGCAGAAAUGGUCAGCUGGCUAAAAGAGCAGAAAAAGUUGGACAUUUAUGUGGAACCACGUGUGAGAACUGAACUUCUAACAGAGUCAUCUGACUUCAACUUUGUCCAUACCUGGAAAGACGAUAAUGAAAUUACGCACCUGCAUAGAAAAGUUGAUCUCGUUGUAACUCUUGGUGGAGAUGGAACUGUCCUCUGGGCAGCAUCCAUGUUCAAGGGACCAGUUCCUCCCGUUGUCCCAUUUUCUUUAGGGUCUCUGGGCUUUAUGACCCCUUUUUACAGUGAACACUAUAAAGAAUGCCUUGAUUCAGUUCUAAAGGGUCCCAUUAGUAUCACACUGCGGCAUCGGUUGAUGUGCCGCGUGCUUAGAGAUGCCGCCAAAAAUGAGUACGAGACUGAAGAACCUGUCAUUGUUCUGAACGAAGUCACAAUUGACCGUGGGAUAUCAUCAUACCUGACAAACCUGGAGUGCUACUGUGACAACUCCUUUGUCACAUGUGUCCAGGGUGAUGGGUUGAUUCUAUCAACAACAUCCGGAAGUACUGCAUAUUCGUUGGCUGCUGGAGGAUCAAUGGUUCAUCCCCAGGUUCCUGGAAUCCUUUUUACGCCAAUUUGUCCACACUCCUUAUCGUUUCGCCCUCUGAUAUUACCAGAGCAUGUGACGAUACGCGUGCAAGUUCCUUUCAAUAGCAGAAGCCAUGCGUGGGUCUCAUUUGAUGGCAAGGACAGGAAGCAGUUGCGACCUGGGGAUGCACUUGUGUGCAGUAUGGCUCCUUGGCCUGUGCCCACGGCAUGUCUAGUUGAUUCCACUAGUGACUUCUUGCGCAGCAUACAUGAGGGCCUCCACUGGAAUCUGAGAAAGACACAGUCCUUCGACGGCCCUCGGGAUACAUAACCAACCAUUACGAUUACUUUUUCUACAUUGUUCAUCAGUCUUUCUAAAUGAAAACAGCUCCCCUUGGAAUCUGACUUAUUAGUGUCGUUCCUGAAGAAAGGGAAGCAAAGGAGGAACCAAUUUAAUGAGUAAUGAAAACUUUUUUUUUUCCUAAAAUUUCAUUAUUUCCUCAUAACCUAAGUAGCUUGUAUGCGUAUUGUGUUAUAUAAGUAGAGUGAUAGUUUGAGACGUAUGGCAAAAGAUUAAUAUGGAUUCAGUUGUAUGAGAAAUUUGUAAACUACAGAUAGAUAUUUCAUAUAAAUUAUUUAUACACAAACUUACAUAU